CUCUAGAAUAAUCUAUAGACCGUACGAGAUACGGUGUUCUCUCCGAUUUCUAUAGUAUAUAUAGGAGUACUCUAUACACUGUCAAGUGGAUAGAGCGAGAGCAAAUACAACAAUUUUAGCGCACCUGCCAACAGCUAGUAACUCUUUUCCGGUGCCUGUUGCACACGCGCCCCGGAUGACCAUCGCAGCAACUGAACUCAAAUCGCUCCAAUAUCAGGUCAACCAAACGAAUUCAGCCUUUUAUAGCAUCGCGAUGAACAAGUCCAUCAGCACGGCCGCGGCAACGCUCCAGUUCAGAAACCACACAUCCGUUUUUCUGGCGCCUUUGCUUUCAGCCCCAGCUGUGGCGCUGCCACUGCUACUCGGGCUGGUGGACGAAGCCGUCGCAGACGCGGUUGGAGCACUCGGCGACGCACUCGAGGUUACGGAAGUCUCCGACAACAGGCUGGCUCCCGCCGUGACCGUCACCUCCAUAUAACGUAUAUCGGUGCCGGUGAAUGUUGCCAGGGAUGUGACGGUCGCGAGAGUGUUGUCCGGAGUGUCAGCGUUGACGUCUAUGUCAGCUUCCAAUGUUCCGGGCGAGCCUAUCCCGUUUGGCCACUCAUACUGCUCUAUACAGGUAGCCGCCGUCGUGCCUGAGACCCGACAAUUCAAAUAUUCACCAACAACCGCAGAUGUACUCAUGUGCCAGCUCGUCGGCUCAAUUGUAACGGUUACGGGUCCGUCGGUCCAGUAGCACGCGUCGGUGUCGGAGGAGUUCUUGCAUGUCAGGGCCAUGCUCGUCAUGUUCUCACUCUGGUAUACACCACGGCCGUGUCAGCUUCUUGCGUCUCUCCCGUCAUUCAUUCUUCCCCUGGAACCGGGGAUUCUCAUUGUUUUGAACGUACCGUUCCGAUUACGGACCCCAGAGCUUCUGUGCUGGUGGGAGUCGGCCAGAACAUGCUGAUCACGGUCGACUUCGCGGACACAGUGUGCGUGAGCAGCAGAGGAGCCGCCGCAAGCGUCUUCAUCAUGGCGGAGCGGAUCUUCGUGUUCGUUGAUCGCUCUGUUGUGCGACUCGCUAAAAGCGUGAAAAGCUGAGAUGGAAAGGUAGCUAGGUAAGGAUUGGUAUGGGAUGCUCAACAACCCAGAAUUUGCGAUGUAUACCACCUCUCGCGUCUGUGUGUUGGUCCCUCAGGAUUGCAGCACCGCCGAGUCCAAAAUUCGAACUCAUAUAAGAAGAAAAGAAGCUACUAUCAGUAGCAAGGUCGACGACAUUUCAUCGUGUCUCAUUUCCUGCUCGUCGACCGCCAUAUCUACAACGUACAGGAACCCCCUGGAUACGACGAUCUGCAGGCUAAGAAGCCAACUAAAAGGAAUCCGAAUUCCGGUCCAAGUUUUGGUCUGAUGAUCCUGGGACAUUACCGGCAUCUUUGUCUCGUUCACAUUGAUACUAGUCAUACUACUAUGCCUGCCAUAUGUACAAUAAAUGUGCAACGCUGUAGCUAGCCAGGACAGUCUCUUGGUUGGUUAGAAGACCGGUCGAUCAGCGCGCCGCGCCGUCGCCGCCGGUUCUUGGUCAGCCCAACGUUGCUCGAUAUAUACCUUUCCUACCUACAUGGAAGUAUCUACUACUGAUCUCAUGGUAUUGCCUCAA